GUUUUUCAUACCCCCUAAAAUACCUCAUAGAGCAAUCAUGCCUACCCUACCACUCCUCCCAACCCAAUCCCAAACAUCGCCGAUCCAAACGGCUCGGCUAGUCCUCCGACCGUUCCAACCGACGGAUUUCCCGGGACUCCGUAUCCUCCGCACAAGUCCCGAAGCCAUGCGCUGGGCGCGAAAGGGCUGCAUCGACGAAACAGACGAGGAAACAAAAACCUGGAUGAACCGCUAUAUGUCAGAACCUGGCUCAGAUGACCAAUCAAGCUACAAUUUCGUAGUGCACCGAAAAAAAGAUCCGAGUUCCAGGAGUGAGUCAGAAGAAGCCGAUAUCAUCGGAAUUCUAGGAAUCGCCUGCAGGUCGCCGUCGGAAAUGCCUGAGGUUGGAUACUUGUUUCUUCCUGCGACGUGGGGGAUGGGGUAUGCGACGGAGGCGCUGAGGGGGUUUGCGGAGGCGUGGUGGAAGUUACCACUUCCUGCUGGUACUUCCGGUAAGGAGGCGGAGGAAGUGGGAACCUUAUGCGCGGUUACGGAUAAGACGAAUAUAGCGAGUGCGAAGGUGUUGACCAAGUGUGGUUGGAGUGUUGUGAGUGAAGGUGUGGAGGAUGAUGGAGUUGCUGUGCUGAACUGGGUGCUUCGGCGGCCGGGUGUUUGAGAUUGCGAAGGACUUGAGUUCAAUUGCUCAAUGGUAUUUAAUGGGUGGUUUACGAAGUUCAGGUGCCUUCCUGUAUUUAGGGAUUUGAUCUUGGUAUGUAUACGUGCAGAGAUAAAGUAGACGUGCAACGUCUGUGAUUAGCUCCAUUUAUGUACGAAUGAUAUGAGAGUAUAUACGAAGGUUACUGAUGGCUUGCAGGUCCAGCUAAAGCAGAAUGACAGGUAGCUCGCGCUAGAGCAUAUCAUACAGUGCACCCAUGGAGUCAUUCUGACUCCCCGCUUGCUCACUUGAGCAUGGUGUGGCCUUUGACCGAUCGCUUCGCCACUUUUGUCGUAGAAAGGCAGCACUCUUGGGUACUGUAUCAGACUGCCAGAUGCCGUUUAUUUGUCCCAAUCUUGUGCUGAUAACGCGUUGUUGUGUAGUCACUACUGUGCAGAGGCCAACAAUGAAGAGGGGCCAGCACAAAAUGUUAUUUGAAGGUGCGUCGGGUGGUAGACGUCCCAGAUGUCUCCACAAAUGUCACGAUCAGUGCUUGGAUGGAAGCAUCACGGUUUGACAUAAGUGGAUAUAGAACAUUUUUGAUAGUAUCACGCAGGCUAGACGGUAAAGUUCGGAUGUGAUUGCAUUGUUGAGCCAGUCAAUAUCCACAUCUUGGACGACUGAAC